AUGGGGAGGUCUCCUUGCUGUGAUGAGGUCGGUGUGAAGAAAGGCCCAUGGACGCCGGAGGAGGACAAGAAGCUGGUGGAGUACAUUCAGAAGCAUGGCCAUGGGAGCUGGAGGAACCUACCGAAGAAUGCAGGGUUGAAUCGGUGCGGGAAGAGCUGCCGCCUCCGGUGGACGAACUACCUCCGACCGGGUAUUAAGAGGGGGAAGUUCUCGGAGGAUGAAGAACGGUUCAUUAUCCACCUCCAUUCGGUCCUUGGAAACAAGUGGUCGACGAUAGCCACCCAGCUGCCUGGGAGGACGGAUAAUGAAAUCAAGAACUAUUGGAACACCCAUCUCAGAAAGAAGCUCCUCCUCAUGGGUAUCGACCCGGUAACCCAUCGGCCUAGAACUGAUUUGGAUCUCCUUGCAAGCCUUCCUAAUUUUCUUGCUGCUGCUAAGAACCUUGGCAACUUGACCAGCCCUUUAGAUAAUGUUCUUAGGCUGCAGGCAGAUGCUGCAAACUUAGCCAGGCUCCAAAUCCUGCAAAGCCUUUUUCAGCUCGUAGGUAAUAAUUCGCCACCUUAUAUGGACUCGAGGAGUAGUCUUUUGGGUUCAGCCUCCCUUCAAAACUACAAUCUUGGCGACCUCCUCCAAAUGAACCGCCAGCUCGAGGGACUGAUCAUGAACGGCUUCCUCGGCCUUCCUCAGAAUCCAAUCCAAAUGACCUCGGGCUUCUCAGAUUUAGGCAAUCCACAGUUACCCAAUAAUCUUCAGGCUUACCCUGAAUCAAGCGUUCCCCUCAAGGAACAAGAAAUGGUGGCACAAAUCCAUGGUUCUUGCUCGACCACCGAGCAUGCAAUGGAUGGUAAUGAUGAAAGCACUAAUCCACUGUUAUUCAGUUCCUCUGCCAUUCCAACUGCCGAUUCCACCCCUUCAUUGGUCUCAGCUUCUCCAGAGAAUGCCUCAACCGAUCAAAUGCAGGACCCAAUCAACUCAAACGCCUCAACUCCAUUGGAGGAUUGGGAAGGACUAGAUCUAGGUGGCUUGGACAAUGACAUCAGCUGGAAAAACAUUCUAGACCAAAUAUCAGGGUCGAAUGCAUCAUAAAUAGAGGGUCCAAGCAUGAGGAGGCAUUUUUUGUGCAUAGAAAGCUAUACAAUGGUUUCAUGAAAUUGUUAUACUUGCAAAAGACUGAUGAUUCAAUGUAUACAAA